CUUUUUUAUAUUUUCUUUUUUUUUGCGUUUUGUAAAAGGAAAUCGAAUUGGACCAAAAUCUCGGAAGUAUGGAUGGCAUUGUCAAUCCGGAUUAUCAUUACAGCCAUUCCAUGGGUAGUUUGACCUCCAGCUCCCUUGUUCGCGAUCAGAGUCUCGAUUCUUUAUCGGCUGUGGAAACGUGGGCUCCUCCUGACAGCUGGGCCGUUCAGCCUGCCGAUGUAUUUAGUCCUGGUACCUCUCUAGCCACCUCGACGCUGGUUGAUGAGGAUUCGUCCGAAUUUGAUGACUACUCGAUUGUUGAGCAAGAAAAGUGGGAUGUCCACCGAAAAAAUUUUUGCAUUCGUAUAUUCCGACCAGAUGCCACUUUCGGCACCUUGCAGGUUCCAAUCCAUUCCACAACCAACGAAUUGAUGAACAAGCUCGCUGGCAAAUUCUUUUUGCCAGAUAUGAGCAAGUACUGUCUUGUACUUCGACGUAAUAAACUCGAACGCAUUCUACAGCCCAACGAAAGGCCAUUGCAAAUUCAAAAAGCGUUGUUGGAGCAAAUGGGCUACACGGAUCAGGACCGAAUCGAGGAUGUGGGGCGUGAAGAUAACUCGUAUUUACUGCGAUUUACGUUUGGCCCUACGUUGGCGCCUAUCGUUCAUGAAGAGGGAGACUUUGGACAGCAUGUGGAUCUUCAAGCACGCAAUCUACCGACGAUUCCCAUCUUUUUGUACAAACAUGCGCAACGGAUUGUGUCGCUGGACGUGUCGAAAAACCUCUUCAUGGAGAUUCCCGUGGAUUUCAUUCAAAUGUGCAAAAGCCUCAAACAGUUGUGGCUUGUCAAUAAUGAGUAUUCCACGAUCCCGCCAUCUACACGGCACAUCCAGUGUCUGGAGCAUCUCAACGUGUCCAGCAAUCGAUUGCGAGAUCUCGCUCAUGCUCGCUUGGAAGAAAUCGAAGGCCUUCAGACCCUGCGCGCUUACAACAACCGGCUCGACUCUUUGCCUGCUUCCUACGCCAAUUUUAAACAUUUGACGAUUCUCUUUAUUUCCAACAACUCGUUCACUAGUUUUCCAGAUGUCAUCUGUCAAAUCACCAGUCUUGCCUAUCUCGAUGUCAGUUUUAACAAGAUUGCUGCUUUCCCAGAUGAAAUCGGGAAUCUGACCAAUCUCGUUGGAUUAUUCGCUAUUGCCAACCGGAUCAGUGGCAGUCUUCCUCCUACCUUUGCCAAGCUGGAAAAACUGCAAGAAUUGGACAUUCGACAAAACUUUAUCACCGAUCUUGACGUACUGUGUCAGUUACCCAAGCUGGAAGUCGUGUUUGUGGAUUACAAUGCCAUCAGUCUCGUCAACUGCGCAUUCAACAAGAACCUCAAACAACUGAAAAUGUACAAAAAUCAUCUCACUCAAUUCAACCUCAACAUUACCCAAAAAGUAUCCACCGAUGGUCAGGGCACGCCAUUCAUACCCAAAUCUAUAUCAACUCGUCCGGCUGCCAGUAUGCUGUCGGAUCUUAAUCUAUCCAACUGCAAGCUCUCCUCUUUGCCCGAAGACUGCUUUGUUCACACCACCGCUUUGGAGCAUUUGGUGCUCGACAAUAACACACUCAACGCCUUGCCUUCCAGUAUCGGCUGUCUACGCAAGCUAGUACGCCUUUCCGUUCAGGGCAACAACCUCGACAGUUUACCGGUGGAAAUCGCCAAGCUUUAUGAGCUCAAAGUGCUAGAUGCGCAGAAAAAUAACCUCAAAACAUUGCCCAAAGAUAUCUGGCUUUGCGCGUCCUUGCAAACCCUCAAUUGCUCCUCCAACCUGCUCGAAUGCUUCCCGGAACCAUAUUCGGCUCCAGGCAUUGCUUUUCAUCUUCCACUGACGCCUCAGGCCGAAAUCGUGGUGACGCCCGCCGUGAUUGCCAAUGCAGCAUCCGAAGGUGGCUUGCCAACCCAACUGGGUUCCAAUGCAGGUCAAGGCAUUGUUCCUAUGGCCAGUCCCACGGGCGAACCCACUCAUUCCUCCCUGUUUAUGCCCAUGCAUCCCAAUAUCAAAGGCAGCAACCCGUCCAUGAACAUGUCGUUGGAAAAUACACCCGCGGGUCUGUUAACUCCACAAGCGCCACCCAACUUUAAUCCGCCUUCCUUCUUCGCCAGUCCUCGCAACCAUCCACCUCCCUUGUCGCUUUCGUUACGUCAGCUAUUUUUGGGCGAUAAUCGUUUGACAGACGAUAUCUGGUCACCUCUCUCUUUGUUUUUGGAACUUCGUACGCUCAACUUGUCCUUCAACGAUCUUUACGAGAUUCCUCCCGAGGGAUUGUGCCACAAGCACCUGUACGAACUGUAUUUAUCGGGUAAUCAUCUCACGUCUUUGCCGGCCGAUGACAUUGAGAAGCUGGGGUACAUGCGUGUUCUGGCCCUGAACGGCAAUAAACUUCAAACGCUUCCGGCCGAAAUCGGUAAAUUACGCAAGUUGUUGGUACUGGAUGUGGGCAACAAUGUGCUGAAAUACAACAUUGCCAAUUGGCCCUAUGAUUGGAACUGGAACUGGAAUCUUGGUUUAAAGUAUCUCAACUUGUCUGGCAACAAGCGUCUGGAAAUCAAGAAAAUGCACCCUGAUCCGAACAAUCCAAAGGAGAAAGAUCUUUCCGAUUUUAGUGCGCUGCUCCGUUUACGAAUGCUGGGACUGAUGGACAUCACCAUUUUGGGCGUGUCGAUUCCGGAAGAAUUCCAUGAUCGCCGUGUCCGUACUUCCCCUUCGGAAGUGAACAGCAUGGCGUACGGUAUCGCCGACUGGUUAGGCCCCAGCGAUCAUCUAUCUACGUGGGAUCUUGUAAUGCCAAGAUUCAGGAACAACGACGACGAAUGUUUCUUUGGUCUGUUUGACGGUCGCAAGCACACGAAAACGGGAUGCAAGCUCACGAAAUAUCUCAACGACAACAUGACGUACCAUUUUAUGAGCGAACUUCGACGAAACAAGCAUGAUGAUUCCAUUGUAUCGGCGAUGCGACGCAUGUUUUUGACCUUGGAAAAGGAGCUUGGAUCAACAGCUAGUGAGGAAAAGGAUUCCGGGGCUUCGGCGGUGGUGUGUUACAUUGCUGGCACCAAAUUGUACGUUGCCAAUGUAGGUGACGCUUUGGCCGUCAUUUCCCGCAACAAUGGCCAGGCGUUUGAAAUUACGCAAAAGCACAUCCCCUUGAAUCCAAGUGAGAUUUCGCGUAUUCGUGCUGCCGGUGGAUAUGUCUCGAAUUCCGGUCUGCUGAACGGCGAGCUCAAUGUCUCCCGCAGCUUUGGCCACUUUCAUCUGAUUCCAGUGGUGAAUGCCAACCCGUACAUCUCGACGAUUGACUUGACGGAAAACGAUGAAUUUGUAAUCAUGGCAUCACGAGGACUUUGGGACCGUAUGUCAUACCAGACGGCCGUGGAUAUUGCUCGCACCGAAAAGGAUGAUUUGAUGGCGGCUGCACAAAAGUUGCGUGAUUUUGCAAUCACUUACGGAGCCGAUGAUAAUAUCAUGGUCAUGGUUCUGGGAGUAGGCGAUUUAUUCGACAAGCGAGACAAGCGAUUCCGUAAUCUGCGUGGCGUCAAUGUCGGUGGCGGUCGGGGCGGUGUAGGUAGCGAUGGUGCAGGCAUGUUGAUCGAUGAUGCUACGGGCAUGCUGGUCGGUAAAAACAAACGACGAGGCAAAGAGGAAGGACCGGGUGAUUCCACAUUAGCACGAUUGGAAAGAGAAGUUCCACCGCCAGUCAACCAGGUCGCGUUGGUGUUCACGGACAUCAAAAGCUCGACUCAGCUUUGGGAAACACAACCGGAAAGCAUGCGGUCCGCUAUCAAGAUCCACGAUCAAGUGAUGCGCCGUACCCUUCGUAGCGUGGGAGGUUAUGAAGUGAAAACCGAAGGCGAUGCGUUUAUGGUGUGUUUCCAGAACAUUACGGCAGCCUUGCUGUGGUGUUUCACGGUCCAGCUGCAAUUACUGGAAGCCGAUUGGCCGGCAGGCAUUCUCGAUACUGAAGAAGGACGCGAGAUUGAAAAGGACGACGUCGUGAUUUAUAAAGGUCUCUCGGUCCGCAUGGGUAUCCAUUGGGGCAUGCCUGUCUUUGAGCGCAAUCCUAUUACCAAUCGCAUGGAUUACUUUGGACCGGUGGUCAACAAAGCAAGCCGAAUCUGUAAUGCUGCCGAUGGCGGCCAGAUUUGCGUUUCCUCGGACGUGGUAGCGGCAUUGCGCAAUUUCCCCGGUGUGUUUGAUAACGGCGAAGGUGGCAACGAUGAUGCAGUCGCUUCGGCUAGCAGUGUGAGCAAUUACUCGGUGGGACGCGAUAUUCAGCAAUUAAAACGAUUGGGAUUCCAUGUGAUGGAACUCGGUGAACGACGACUGAAAGGUCUGGAAACCCCCGAAAUGCUCAGUCUAGUGUAUCCCAAACAACUGUCGGCGCGUAUGGAACUUGAUAAGAGCGAAAUGAUGGCUGAACAAGCGCCACCGGUGUUGAAAACGAUUCUCUCCCCCAAAUUGGUUGAAGAAGAAGUGGAAUUGUCGGCCAACGAAGAGGGUUUGAAUGCUGAAGAAGCCCUUGUGCGGUCUGCGUCGGCUGACGCAACGGUGGUACAGCCUGAACGGGACCAUCGGAAAAAGGGAAACAAGAAAAAGACUGCGCAUGGACAACCUACGAUUGAUCCCAAUUUGGUGUGUGCCUUGAGCAACCUGGCGAUCCGCCUGGAGCGCAUCACUUCCGGUAAAGUGUUGAACAAGUCCAAAGCAGGCAGCUCGAUCAACAGCGUCUACACAUCGACCGGUGCCAAUGGCGAUCCAAGCACUAUUGCCAGUACCGCCCACACCGGACUCGGCUGUCUGCUGGAUAAACACAUAAAGGAAGAAGCUUCCGACGAAGAACUCGUCUUGCUGAUGGAUAACUGCGUGGCCAGAGUUGAGAAUGCGGUAUCGAGCCUCUAUCUACAAAAAGUGGGACGAUUUGCGAAUGUGCUGGAAAAACUGGGCGAAGCCAUUGAACUGGAUCCCAUGCACAUCCUGCGCGCUCUGCAAAUGUACUCUGAAGUCGCCGGAUUGGUCGAUGCUCCCUUGCAAUAAACUGUGAAUGUGCUAUACCUAUCGAAAUUCCCUCUCCAUAUCCUCUUUCCAUUCAUCCUAUUUGGAUGAAUUCAUUCCCGUUUCUUACAGCCAACAUACCACUUCUGUUUAUUUU